AUGUCAGCAGUCAUUUACCACGAUGACGAAGAUAAUUCCACACUAUCAUCAUCAUCAUCAUUUAAAAGUAAACAACAACAAGUAGUGGAACCAAUUCUUUCACCAAAUAAAUUAAAAUACAAAAAGAAGGAAUGGUCUUCAGGAUUAUUUUCCUCCGGAGAAUUAAGUGUGAAAACAAAUUCCAAAUCAGAAACUAAAUAUUUUGUCAUUCAAAAUAAUGUUGAAUAUGAUGAUGAAGAUGAUGAAGAAUCACAACAUCAAAAUGUUGAUUACGAUGAUUCACAAGAUUCAGAUUCGGAUAAUUUUACAGAAACUGAUAAAUUUUUUACACCUAAAUUACAAUCUCAGAAAGAAUUGAAUUGUAAAAUAUAUCCUGCUAGAGAUUUUAAUGAAACAUGUUACACUUGUUGUUGUUUACCAUGUGCUAAUGCUGAUGCUUUGAAAUAUGUGAAAAAUAAUCAAUCAUCUUGGUGGUGUACUUGUUGUAUCAGUUGUUGUUUUCCAACCAUAAUGUCAACCAUUGUUAGAAAUAUUACAAGAAAAUUAUAUGGAAUUCAACAAGGAAAUGCUUGUACUGAUUGUUGUGUUGGAACAUUUUGUUCAUGUUGUAGUUCUGCACAAGUUUUGAGAGAAAUUAGAUGUAGAGGUCCUCCUAAACCAAUUCAAAUGAUAUAA